AUGAGAGUUUAGAUGAUAAUAGGCAUUUUACUUCUUUCUGCUUCUGCAACAGAUGUUGAUGUAUCAAAUUAAUGUACUUGCGAAAAACUUCUCUCUGAAGCUGAUUGCAAAAGCUUAAAAGGUUGCAAUUGGUUCGCAACAACUUCUAUAUGUUCUAAAUUAGAUCUUGGAGCAAAUUCAACAGAAGGAUAUUGUGGAUUGAUAAGUGAUGCCACAACCUGUGCCAAAACUAAAGGAUGUGCUUAUGUAGAUUCUAUUUGCUAAAUAUUUGCUGGAUGUACAGCAUAUAAAGGUGCCACUGAUGCUGAAUGUUAAGCCAUAUCAAAAUAUUGUAAUUCUGAUGGACAGGCGUUUUGUGUUGAUCCAGGACUAUGUACUACUUAUAAAACCUCAGAAGAUUGCAUAUCUAAAGCAAGUAGUGGAGGAUCAGGUACUUGUGUUUGGGAUUAAAGCUGCAGAGACUAAAAAUGUAGUGAAGCAGAUCCUACUUUUAACAGUGAUGCUCAGUGUAAUAAUUUUAUAGAAAAGUGUGUCACAACAGGUAAAGGUUGUAUAAAUAAUUUGGGGCUUUGUUCAUCAUAUAGUGGAGGCAUUGAAAGUUGUGAAGGAUUGAUAGGUUCAGAUGGUUAUUGUAAAGGUGUUGAUGGUAAAGAUAAGUGUGAAGUCAAGGCUUGUACAGAUGCAGAUACAACAUUAACAACAGAUGCUGCCUGUGCUAAGUAUUAGAUUGGUUGUGUUACAAAUGGAUAUGGUUGUGUCAAGUCUCCUCUAGGAUUAUGUUCCACUUAGACAGGAGAUGAUGUGAUUUGUGCAAAUAAGAUAGGGUCAGAUGGAAAAUGUAAAGGAACUACUGAAGGUAAGAACUGUAGUGCUGUAGAAUGUAAAGAUGCACCUGAAACUUAUUCAACAAAUGAUGAAUGUAAAAAGUUCAAGAUAGGAUGUGUGACAACUGGCAAAGGAUGUAUUAGUUAAUUAGGAAAUUGUUCUUCUUAUAAAGGUACUUCAAUAACUUGUGAUGGAUAUGUUGGAAUUGAUGGUAAAUGUAAAGGUACAUCAGAUACUGAAGCUCCUUGUUCAGUUAAAGUUUGUAAGGAUGCUGAGGCAACUUUAGAUACAGAUGAGAAAUGCGAAGAAUAUUAGACAGGAUGCAAGACAACAGGUAAGGGAUGUGUCUAAACUUUAUCAAAUUGUUCUUCUUAUACUGGAGAUUCAACAAGUUGUGAUGGAUAUAUAGGUAUUGAUGGUAAGUGUACAGGUGGAACUAGCAGUGGUAGUUGUUAUCCAAAAAAAUGUUCAGAUGCUCCUUCUACUUUAAUAACAAAUUAGGAAUGCUCUGAUUUUUAAACAUUUUGUAUAUCAACUGGAUUUGGAGGUUGUAUGGAUGUAGGAACUUGUAGUUCUUUAUCUAAUAAAAGUUAAUGUGAUGGAAAAUCAAAAUGUUCAUGGUCACCAUAAUGUGUAAAAAAUGUUAUUUGUUCAGAUCUCAAAUCAGAAAGUUUAUGUAAUACAGUAUCAUUGUAAGAUAAUAAAACUUGUUGGUGGGUAGAUAGUAAUUGUGUAGAAAGAACUUGCAAUAAAGCACCUACUACAUAUGAUUCAGAUUUAAAAUGUGAUACAUUUUUAAAGGGUUGUUUGACAAAUAAGAAAGGAUGUGUAUCUUAAACAGCAACUUGUAGUAGUUAUUAAGGAACUAAAGCAACAUGUGAAGGAUUCACUAUUAAAUGCACAAAUACAGAUAGUGCUACUGAGACAACUAUAUGUUAAGAUCCAGUAUGUAGUGAUAAAACUAAUGGUACUACAGAUGAAGCUUGUAAGUCAUUUCAUUAUGGAUGUGUAACAAAUGGAACUGCAUGUGUAUCUAUUAGUGCUGCUUGUGAUACAUAUUUAGGAACAAGUACAGAGAUUUGUUCAAAAUUUAAAGGUAAUAAUUAAUAAAAACCUUGUUGGUGGAAAUCUGGACCUAAAUGUGUAGAUAGAUAAUGCAUUGAUGCUGAUGAUACAUAUACAACUGAUGAUAAAUGUGAAUAAUUUUUGAAAGGGUGUAUUACUACAGGAGCAGGAUGUGUUUAAAGUUCUGAUGAUUGUGAAUCAUAUACAGAAUUAAAUUAAGCAAGUUGUUUGACAUUAUCAACUGGAUGUGCAAGAAGAGAAAAAUGUACAGUUGAACUUACAUGUGCUUAAAUUACAAAUGCAACUAGUUAAAUUAAUUGUGAUGAUAUAUUACCAAAAUAAUGUAUCUUCAUAAAAAAUGCAUGUGUUCCUUUAGGAAAUUGUAAUACUUAUACUGGUACAUCAAUAGAUGAAUGUAAAGAUCUAUUUAAUUUAAAUGGAAAUAAAUGUUAUUGGUCAACAAGUAAUAAAUGUUCUGAUAGAGAAUGUACUUAAAUAAAGAGUCCAUAAAACUUAAAGGCUUGUACAGAUCAUAAAUCUUCAUGUGCAAUUAAAACAGGUGGUUCAGAAUGUCAAGAAUUUGCAUGUAAUUUAGCAGGUACACCAAAUCCUGCAACUGAAGAAACAUGUUAACUCUAUCAUCCUGAAUGUCAUUUAGGUUAUGUAUCAGGAUAAGCAGUAUGUACUUUACCUUUAGCUUGUAAUGGUUAUGGUCCAUCUAAUACUGCUUCAUGUUCUACUUUGAUUGCUCUUAAAGGAUAAACUUGUAAAUCAGGUUAAAAUUAAACUGAUAAUUGUUAACCAGCAGAAUGUAGUAAUUUUCAUACUAAAGAAACUGAGUGUAAAUCAGCAAAAAUUGCUUUAGCAGCUAAUAAUUUAAAACCUGGAACAGGAUAAUAUUAAUAUUGUUUUUAUGAUUCAACAUCUUAAUGUGUAGAAAGAUCUUGUAAUAAUGCUAAAUAACAUCUUGGAGGCACAGUUACUUCAUUUGAUUAAUGUAAUAAAUAUUUUGAAUAAUGUGUCCUUUCAAAACCAAGUGCUGGUUCUAUAUGUGUAGAUGGUUAUGUUGAUACUAAUAAUUUUGGAUGUAAAAAACUUGAAGGUACUUAAGAUGAUUGUUUAAUAUUAUAAGGUAAAUAUAAAUUAAGUGAAAAUGUAUAUGAAUAUAGAUUAUGUUAAAAACAUGAUUAAGAAGGUGUUGCUAAUUGUUUAGAUAGAACAUGUGAUUAGAAAACAGAUGGAUAUACUGAUGCUAUUUGUUAAACAUGGCUUCCAACUUGUAAAACUAAUGGAGUAUCUUGUGUUGAUAUAUCAACUUCAUGUACUACAUUAGAAGGAACAUCAGAUAGUUGUAAAUUACUUACUGGUUUGGUAUUUGGAUCUAAAUGUCAAGGUAAUACAUCUGUUAAAGGAGUAUGUGUUGCUAGAAGAUGUUAAGAUAAUGGUACAGCAAAAACUGAUGCAGAUUGUAAAAAAUUCUUAAAAGGUUGCAUAACAACUGGAAAUGGAUGUGUAGAUGAAAACACACCUUGUUCUGCUUUAUAGGGAAAUUAAGAUUUAUGUAAAUUAUUGACAGGUAAUAGUAAACCAUGUUGGAGUUUGUCUUUAACAACUAAAGGAGCAUGUAUUGAUAGAACUUGUUCUCAUAAUACAACAGCAAAAACUAAUGCUGAAUGUGAUACUUUUAUGAAAGGAUGUGUUACUAAGAAUCCAGGUUGUAUUGAAACAACAGCAGAAUGUACAUCAUAUUAAGGAAUCUAAGCUGAUUGUGAAAAGUAUAUUGGCAAUGGUAAGACUUGUACAAAUGAUGCAACUGCAACAAAUACUACUACUUGUAAAGUAAAAGAUUGUACUAAAUUGAGUGCUGAUACAUACUCUUAAUCUGUAUGUUAAGCUUAUGGUGUAUAAUGUCAUUAUAAUGGAUCAAAAUGUGAUGUUGCUUAAUCAUGUUCAUAAUUAAAAGGCAAUUUGGUUACAUGUACUUAAUAUGUAGCUACAGAUGGUCCAUGUAUUGGUACUGCACUAUAAACUGAAACACCAACUAGUUGUUCAACUGCAAAAUGUGCAGAUGCACCAUCUACUUUAGUAACAGAUGCUUAAUGUGAAACAUAUAAAAAAGGUUGUAAAACAACUGGUUAAGGUUGUGCUUCAAGUAUUACUUGUGGAGAUGUACAAUCUUCAUCUAUUUGUUCUGCUGUUAAAAUUGAUGAUGAUUUUAUUUGUACUUGGUCAUCUUAAUGUAGAGAUAUUGAAUCUUCAUGUAGUAAUUUCACUUCAAGUGGAUCAAGUGUUUGUACUUCCUCUAAAACAACUUCAGGAUUUGGUAUUUGUAUUUGGAAGGAUAAUGUUUGCACAGAAGCAAAAUGUGAAGAUUUACCAUUAUCUGUUAGUUCUGAGACUGAUUGUAUUGCAUAUUCUACAACAUGCACUUUUGGUGGAACUGGAAAUGGUUGUGCAACUAAAGGAGAAUGUACUACUUAUAAAAAAAAAGAAAUAUGUGCAAAUGCAAAAUCUACAGAUACAAUGGGUAGUUGUGCUUGGGAUGAAAAUAUAGUAACAGGUACAUAAAUAAAAGGAUGUAGAGUAAAAGAAUGUUAAGAUGCUGCUACUACAUUAAUAAGUGAUUCUGAUUGUAAUUCAUUCAUUGAAGGUUGUGUAAGUAAUGGUGCUGGAUGUAUGAAACCUAUAUUCACUUGUGAUAUGCUUAAAUCAUAAACUAAAUGUAUUAAAGACUCUUAACUUAGACCAUGUCUAUGGAUUAAUAAUGCUUGUCGUUAAUAUUAUAAUUGUACUGAUCUAUCUUUAACAACAGUAGCUGCAUGUUAAGCAGUAUCUAAAUAUUGUACAACUGAUGAAAAUAAAUGUACUCCUUUGAAGAUUUGUGCUAAUUAUACAAAAUAAUCUUAAUGUACAAUUGGUACUGAUGGUUUUUGUGGUUGGGUUACAAAUACUAAGAAAUGUCAAUUAUUUACAUAAUGUUCAGAUUUAGUUUCAAAAAUCAAUACAGAAUGCUAAUCUUAUAAUCCUAAAUGUAUUAGUAAUGAAACUACAUGUGUUGAAAAAGGUGAAUGUUCUACUUAUGCUGAUAGUGAAGCUGCUUGUACAAUAGGUGGAACUGAUGGUACAUGUUAUUUUGAUAAAGAUACUACAUCAUGUAGAUUAAGAUAAUGUUCAGAUGCAUCAACAUCAACUUCUACUCAUAAUGGAUGUUUUUCAUAUUAAAUCAAUACAACUAGUAAAUGUACUACAAAUGAAUCUAAAUGUAUACCCUUGGCUGAUUGCUCAUCAUAUACUAAAUAAGGUGGUUGUGUCAUUGAUAGUCAAUUAAAAGCAUGUACUUGGGAUAAUAUGGCCAAAGCAUGUAAAAGUAAGACAUGUUCAGAUACUAAAAAAACUAAAAGUUCUGAAUGUGCUUCUGCCUUAGCUGGAUGUAUCUCAGAUGGAACUAAAUGUAUAGAAAAAGGAAAAUGUUCAGAUUACAGUACUAAAGAAGCUUGUAGUGCUGGUGGUACAGAUGGUGCAUGUGUAUUCAGUCCAACUUCUAGUUCUGCAACUACUGGAGUUUGUAAAUUAUAUACUUAAUGUUCAGAUGCAAAUUCUGAUUAAAUUGCUUGUCAAUCUAUGUCUCAAACUUGUAAAUGGACUGUUGCUACAGGAACUACUCCUAGUUCAUGUUCUAAUCAUACUUGUGAUACAGCUGCUAAAGGAACAGCCAAAUGUGUCACUAUCCCAAGUUUUGAUGGUAAGAAAUAUACUGUUUGUUAACCAUAAGGAGGUAAAUGUGUUGUCGGUGAUCCAAGUUCUUUAACUUAAGAUAAUUGUUAUAAAAUGAGUUAAUACACCUAUAGUUGGAAUGCUUAGACUAAAAAAUGUAUUGCAUGUGGAGCAGGAUCAACUUCAAAUAAUAAUUCUACCUCUGUUAAUAAUAGUAUGGAUAAUACAUCUAAUACAACAACUGAUGAUCAUGGAUAAUAUUUAUAUGUCCUACCCAUUUUGAUUUCUUUUAUAUUCUGA